AUGAACCUGAAUCCGAACCCGAACCCGGCCUUCAAAGACCCCACGAUUACCACGGCCUCAUCCCCAGAUCGGAAAUCGGACUCGAAACCCAACUUCAACAUCGACCUCUCCUUCCAAAAUACCCUCGUCCCCUCUCCUCCCAAUACGAACCUCCCACCAGCAACAGCAGAAACAACAGAAACGAUAAAAACAACAACAUACCACAUCUACCCAACACCCCAGAACCCCUGCCAUGCGCUCAUUACCCAACACAACCUCCCCAAAUCGUCCUCCGCGCGCCGCAAACUCCUCAAACAUAACCCGGACCUCCUCACCUCUGACUCUUCGUCCCAAUCACCAUCAGAAUCCUACUUCCUGCACCUCCCAACCCUAACCUUCCACUCCCCACCCCGAACCCUCCGCCGCGGCGCCACGAAAACCUCCCCUCCCAUCUGCAUAAUCCACAACUCCCCUUUCUGGAAGCGCUGGCGCAUUCUCACCGGCACGGAGCUCCUGGACGCAAUCGACCCGCGCGGUCUACUACCGUAUGAGCGGAGAAGUGCGGCGAACAAUCGUCCCCGCGCGGAAGGUGAGGUUAAGGGGUAUCGCGUACGGUCGUGGCGAGCGUGCGGGGAGAGCGGGAAGAAGUAUCUUAGGAAGGUCCAUGAGGAGAGAAAGAGGAGGAGGAAUAUGGUAAGUGGUGGUGGUGAUGGUGGUGAUGACAGGGAGAGGAGGGUUUGGGAUCCUGUUCGUGCGGAGGAGGUGCUUCCUGUGACGUGGAUGCAUGCGACGCCGUUCUCGACGCGUGUGCGAUGGUAUGGUUUUAUGUAUGAGGGUGUGAAGGGGACGUGGAAGGGGAGUCACGAUAUUCCGCAGAGGAAGAAGUGGGCGAGACGUCUGAUGCCGGUGCAUCAUUUGAAGUUGGUGGUUGAGGGUGAUGGUGGUGGUGGUGGCUCGGUGAGUAAGAAUGGAGAAAAGCAUGACCAUGAUCAUGGUCUGAAUCAGGAACAGGACCAGGAGUGUGGGUUCGAGAAGAGGGAGAGUGAUGAAGAGAAAGAGAUCGUCCUAGCUCGGUAUUCGAGUAGUCUCUCGCACGGAAAACACGGUACGUUGGUCAUCUUUGACGACGAGGUGAGGAAGGUGUUUGGAUCUCAAGAUCUGGUGCGUUCGAGGCAGGAUUUCUGCAAUCGAGAGAAGGAGGUUGGCGUGGUGGAUGGGUAUGAUGUGAUUGUGGCGACGGCGAUGUGUAUGAUCCUUGGGGAGUGGCAGAAACGGAAGACCGUGCUGGAGAUAUUGCUGGCUUUGGCUGGGGCCGGGGCGGAUGGGGGUUCUGCAAUGGCCUGA